AACCUGCCCACCUGCUUUAUGCCAACUCACCUCCAGAGGCAGCAGAGAGCCCUGCGUUUUCUGGCACAGGCUCUGCCCCUCUGGUCGCCGGCUCUCCCACUCCGUUUGGCGCAUCUCCUGGCUCUGCGACCCUGCUCGAGCUGCACCUUUACUGGCCUCAACGUCUCAACUGCUGUUAUUCGGCCAGCGGGGUUCCAAGACAACGGAGCCAUGUUCUUUCUUCUGGUCCUUCUCACGGGACUUAGUGGUCUGCAGGCAGGCCCCCAUCCUCAUAAAAUAUUUCUGCAGACCACAGUUCCUGAAAAGAUUUCAUCUUCUGACACCAAAAAAGAUCCAGAAAACAAUGUUGCUUAUAUGAUUACGAUAAAUGAAAAACCAUAUUUUGUCUAUCUCACAAAGCAAUCAUUUUUAUCAUCAGUUUCUGUUGUUUAUUCUUAUGACCAAAACGACACCCAGAAGGCUAACCCUUUGUUAGAUCAGAUGGAUUGCAGUUACUAUGGAUAUAUUGCAGGCUUUCCAAAUUCUGUUGUGUCACUCAACACUUGUUCAGGACUCAGGGGAACGUUGCAGUUCAAAAACGUCUCAUAUGGAAUAGAACCUGUGGCGACUGAAUCAGAAUUUGUGCACAUGAUCUAUGAAGACAAAGGUUAUGACAUUAACCUUCCUCUUUUAAGAGAAAAUGACUUUUACAGUUAUAAUACUUCAGAGUUUCACUAUGGAAAAAAAUCAGAAGUACAUUUGUACUGGAAUUUUCCUAAUAGCACCUAA